UCACACGGUCGUCUCUAGGUCAGUGACGACCUCUUUGUUCGGCGAUCGACUGCCAGUGACGGCCUUUUUCUUCGGCGAUCGACUGCGACUGCUAGAUCUGCUCCUGUCUGUGGUGCUGCCGACGCUCUCUCUCUUCGGCGAUCGACUGCGACUGCUGGAUCUGCUCCUCUCUGUGGCGCUGUCGCCAGAGGAUUUGGCUUUCUUGCGGCCUUCUCGGGUGGGCGACCUUGUCACCCAUAUUGCGGCGGUCGUGUUGGUGUCCGCCACCUUGGUAUUGCUCCACACAUGUCUCAGCUGAUUUUGCACACAUACGAAUGGACAAUCGGCAACCCGAAAACUCCCUCACUGGCUCACCCAUGUGCGGUCUUCCUGUUCGAAGAAGACGGCCCGCACCCAUGUGCGCGCAGUCACUUCGGCCUCUUGCAAGCUCUGAAAGGGUUAAGCACGCACGCCCAGGAUUGUUUGUUGUUGUAAGAAGUACAUAUCUUCUGCAUGUAUGAGUACCAGCAGUCUUGCGACUUGGUCGGUGAUUGAGGCUUUGUUUUUGAUGGGCGCCUCGGAGAUCAUUGUGAGCAGGACUUUGAGCUUCUGUUUGAGCGCUAUCUGCUGCUUGUUCAUCCAGGUCUCGUAUUCGGUGAGUCUACUGCUCGCAUCCUCCUUGUCUUUGGAAAAGUACUGUUCGAAGAUGCCCUUGUAUGCCUGGUCAGCCGGAGGCCGAGAGCGGCGCACGACCUCACAAUCGCGGUGGACUUCUUGCACUUGGUGCACUUGGUGUCGCUCCAGUUGUCCUGCUGCUCUUGGAGAAGUUCUAUGUCGUUGUCGAGUCGUAGCUGCUGGUUGCGGGCGUAGGUCACGAGUUUGUUUUCGGCAUCCAGAUCGCUUGUAAUCUCAUCAGUGUCAAAAUCCUGCAGAAGAAACAAGACGGACCGAGGCAGAAUGUUAUAUUAGCGUGUGUGUGCAGUAAAGAGCAGGCCACGGAAGCCAAGCAGGUCAAGAAUAUGUGGAUACGUUAGCACUCCGCUGCAUAUACUGACUUCGAGAGUCGUACGCAAGGGAGUCAGUUCGAAGUUGGGGCAGUCGCGAGACAGGAAUUGGAGGUCAGAAGAGAAGAGGUCUUCCAUACUCAUGCUCUUGAGGGAAUCGAGAUGGAACCCCUGAGGGAAUGAGUCGCCUGCACAUACAAUGGAACACACAAGCUGUGUGUUGUAACAGAUGUCCUUUUUGUCCCCACCUGACUCGCCCUGAGAGGACAAGGAAGAUGGCCAUAGAAACGGAAAUAAACAGCAGUAUCUGGCUGAGUACUUCUUUCAUUGGUCUUCCACUCUCUCAUUUACCUCAUGGUGAUCUGAACAUACACAUCAUGCACAGAUGAGCUGACAAAUGAGAAUAUGGUGGAGGCAUGUAUACCGUCCAAGUGCAUCCUUGAUUGAAGUUCCAUGCCUUGCCAUCUGGCACACAAAGGAGUAUAGAAAGGGAGACAGCCAAGGGAGACAUUUCUCGACAGGUCUAUGAAGAGAAAACUUUCUGUACUGCCAUAUAGGUGCUGUGGUAUAAUCAUGGUCAUGGUCAUGACCUAUGAGCAGACAAAUGAGAAUGUCAGACAAAUGAGAAUGUGGUGGAGACAUACAUACCGCCGCUCGCGUGGACCAGUGCAUGAAUCAGCAUGUCCUGAUAUCUGGCACACAAAGGAUGAUAGCAAAGGGAAACAGCCAAGGGAGAGAGGGACAGAGGGAGGGAGAGAUAUUUCUCGACAGGUCUAUGGAGUGUGUGUGUCUACAUUGGAUGAUCGUGGUCAUGUCCUGCUCCUCCGUGUCCUCCAUGGCCGCCGUGCCCUCCAUGCCCGCCGUGCCCUUCAUGGUGCUUCUCUCCGGGGGGGUAGUCAUGGUGCUCCUCUUCUGCGUGUGUGUCGUGGUCGUACAAGUCCUGGAAUUGGGAAAGGACACGUGCGCAGAACACAUAUACACGUGCAGUUGUGGUAUGACGCUUGUGUGAGUGUCACCCACCUCUUCAUGAUGCGGCUCGCCGGGGGGGUGGUCAUGAUGAGGCUCGUGAUGAGUGUCGACGUGAUGAGGCUUGUGGUCGGCAUGGAUGUCUCCCUCAUGUGCGUGUUCUGCUCCCUCGUGGCCGACAUGAGUGUCGCAAGCAUGGGCUGCUUCUUCAU